UAAAUUCUGCCAAAGUUAAAAUAAAAACAUAAAAAGUCAACAGUGUUUUUUAAAUGCUGCAGUGUUGACAGGUCGCUCAAAAAAAAUUUAGUGACUUGAUUUAUUCAAAUCAAAUUGUUAAACAGAACACUAAAAAUGACAAGCCGAUUUUUAAAAUUAUCAAAUUUGAGUAAAAAAAACCAUUUCAAAAAAUUUCACACAACUACUAAAUUAAAGAAAUUUCAUGAGAGCGAUAGAAAAGGAGGAUUUCCUUUUUUACUCGAGGAUUACACGCCGAAAAUGCCACAAAAUUUUACAGGAAAGAUAAAACAAGCUUGUGUUAAUGUUUUUCACGAGUUGAAUUUAUUUAAAGAUGAAACUAUAGAAAAUUUUCGUAUGGACCCGCCGUUAUGUCUGUUACCAGGUGAGGUUGAUGUCCAAUGGAAAUUUGAUGGGGAUCCAGAUAUUCUUAAUCACUGGUCUGUGACAUCAGACAAAGACUAUAAUUUAGGGUAUUCAACUGCACAGUUGGAAUUAACUCCCAGCGGCACAGGAUUAUUUUCUGGUGUACUUGAUACGAGACCUAUAAAAGAUGGUAAACAAAAACAAGGUGGCUAUUGUAACCUGAGGUCUCAGAAAGUCAGGCAGUCUUUUUACAGAGAAGAUACUUUACCGUGGGGUUCAUAUACUCAUCUUAUCAUGAGGAUUCGUGGAGAUGGACGUACUUAUAUGCUCAAUCUUCACCCGAAAAAUACUUUCGAUAUCAUGUGGAAUGAUCUUCACAGUUUCGUUUUGUAUACCAGAGGUGGGCCUUAUUGGCAGUAUGCAAAAAUACCAUUUUCUAGAUUUUUGUUAGCUAAUAAAGGUAGGGUUCAAGAUACCCAAGGUCCAGUGCCUAUUCAUAAUCUCUCCUCAUUUAGCAUCACUGUCGGUGAUCAAAUUUCUGGUCCAUUUAGACUUGAAAUAGAUUAUAUUGGACUUGAACAAGACAACGUUUUUGAAGAAGAAUUCGCAUAUGAAAUGUAUAAACCACCUAAUCCAUAUUAUGAUUAAAUAUUUAUAUUAAAAUUAAUGAAAUCAUAGAAAAUAAAUGUAUAUUAAGUAAUGUUC